AUGGGCGGUGCUAGGUUGGGCCACGUGAUCCCACCUCCUCUUGCAAAAGAAAGCGGACAGCAGCUUAUGACGUUCCUGCGAAGCUUUCUUAGCUGGCCAACGCUAUUUCCCUCACCACGACCUCCACCUCCAUUUCCUCCUCCACCUCCUGUGGCCAGACCACCACUCCCACCAUCCCCUCCAAGAAGACCCCCUCCUGGGCCACCUCCAUCGGCGAGACCCUCCCUCCCAGGUCCACCUUAUCAACCACCAACACCUUCUCCUAGACCACCACCUCAACGGCCUUCCCCUCGGCCACCACCUGCAUACCAGCCCCCACCACCACCUGUAGCCAGACCACUACCUCCACAAGCACCACCACCUCUCCCGAGACCACCAACACAAGUUCCUGCACCUCGACCACCACCAUCGUUUCCUCCUCCUCCUCCUCCUCCCGUGGCCAGACCUCCGUAAGAAACAAACUAAUUCACCAUUCACCGCUGUAAAAGAUUACUUAUUUUAUGCACGAAUCGGGAUUGCUUCCUUGCAGACCACCACCACCACCUCCUCCAUCCAGACCCCCUCCAGUUGCGA